UGAAUUGCCUUAUGGUUUGCCAUUGUUUGUAGUAUUCUGUACCUGUACUGUCUAGGUAUGUUGGAAAUUGUAUUCUGUAACUGUGAUAGCUAUGUGCAUGCUGAACUGUAUACACAUUGAACUGUAUCUACAUUGUCUAUUUACAUGCUGAACCAAUUGUAAACUUGUAUGGCAAUUUUACUGAUUAUCUGUAUCUACUGUAACCUGUAUAUCGAACAGUUACAGUAAAUAUAACAUAAAUUGUGCUUUAGAAAUAUUAUGGACUGGUAAUGUUGAACGUAAUGAAACUCAAAUUGUAGAACAGUCUUUUGAACAGUUGAAAUUUGCUGUAACAGUGACCAAGCCAGGAAAUCCAUAACUAUUCUCUAGUGGACAUGGAAAUACUUCCAGACUGUCAGAACGGGAAAAAAACCAUCAUCCUGACAGUACUUUGAGGGUAACGGUGAUAUUAGAUAAGGUCGUGAUUUGGACUGAUAUCCACUUGCGCAUCUGGCACUGUCUCGGGAAGUGUCUAAAUGACGACCAAAACAGAGAGGAGGAUUAAACUGGUGGUGCAGGAGGGCAGCAGCGAUGAAGACGAAGGCAUUGUCAUUACCUUCAAUUCCCUUGGGAGAGGAACAGUUCGCCGUCGAGCCUCACAGAGAAAUCGAAGAUGCCAACCAACAACAACAACGGCAACCCUUGUACAUACCAGCAGAAGAGGCUCAGACACCUACCUUGAAGUUCUCCCAGAUCUUACUCAAGGAGUUGACGAAGAGGAGACUUGGGAGAAACUUCAACAAAUCCGAGCUCAUGCUGUUCCCAUGGAGGAAAAACGAAAGCUCAAGCGACAACUUCAGUCGGCUCCAACUCUCCGAACGCGUGGUCUGGCUGCCUUUAAGCUUUCCAGACGAAAAUUUUUAACCCAGGCUAAGAAUAGAUUACGAGAAAUGAUCUCCAAGAUAGAGCUGUGGCAUUGGAGUUUGCGUUACGUCGAAGGAAAUUUUGGCACGGGCCUGGUGGCGUUUUUUACCUUCAUUAAGUGGCUGCUGUACCUGAACCUCUUCACCUGUGGAUUGUUAGCUGUCUUCAUACUUGUGCCACAGAUUAUUUUUACACAUCCCAAGGAUGAAUGCACCAUGGAAAAUAGUCAAAGCUUGGAUUUUGGUAAUUCAUCCUUAGAGUAUGAUAAUCAGACCAACUGCUGCUAUGAAGAAUAUCGGAUGGAAGUUCUGAGAGAUAAACAAAAUUCCAACCGACUCGACGUGAUCCAGUUGGUUCAAGACGGUGUGCAAGGAACGGGAGAGCUGGAACUGUCCUAUCUGUUCUACGGUUCAUACCCGAGACACACAUUAGUUCUGGAGCAAGCGGGGGGCUGGAGGUAUAAUCUACCUCUAGCGUACCUGUUGGUGGUGGUGGUGACGCUGGUCCUUAGUCUGGUGCUGAUGGUUCGGGCGGCUGCUCGAGGGUUGACGGAGAGUCUCAGGUCGUCAGAGGGACAGUUUUACCAGUACUGUAACUUAAUAUUCGGUGGUUGGGACUACUGCAUCGAGAACAACAAAGCAGCUACUGUAAAAAAGAAGGCGAUAUAUAACGAGCUUUGUAACCACAUAGAGACUGAGAAAUAUAUUGAAGAAAAGGACCAGAGAACUAAGAGAGAAAGGUGUCGACUGUACUUUGUGCGUCUGUUUGUCAAUUUGAUGGUCCUGUUCCUGCUCUCUGCUUCCAUCGCUGCCAUCUUCUAUAGCACCUCUCAUGCCUUUGAAAAACUGAAGGAUUUGAAGGGCAAUUCAGAGAAUGAAUGGGAUGAACUCAAGAUCCUUUUAUAUGAAUACCUCCCUUCUUCAGUCAUUGUCACACUCAACAUCAUCAUCCCUUUCAUACUCAGGAUUCUUGUCGAAGUGGAGCAUUAUACACCCAACUUCAUCCUGGUGCUGACACUCAUCCGCACCGUGUUCCUACGGCUGGCCUCACUUGUCGUCCUCCUCUUCUCCAUCUAUAAAGGCAUCAGCAAGUGUCCCGAAGAUUACAGUGGCGGUUGUAUAUCUGAAAAAUGUGAUCAGCCUAAGUGUUGGGAGACUUAUGUGGGCCAGCAGUUGUACAAAUUGACAAUCUUGGAUUUAAUCAUUAUGUUCAUAUCAACCUUCCUGGUCAACCUCCCGCGUAAGUGUAUCGGCCACAAGCUCAUGCGGAGGAACCGUAUCGGGGCAGCCAUAGGAGACAUAGAGUUUAUCAUCCCAAAGCACGUGCUGGAUAUUGUUUACGGCCAGACACUGUGUUGGCUCGGUAUGUUCUACUCCCCACUACUUCCAGCUGUAACCGUCUUCAAACUAAUCUGUGUGUUCUACAUCAAAUACUUUGACUGCACAGUGAACAGCAGUCAGUCAUCCCAGCUGUACCGUACGUCCCGCUCCAACUCCCUCUUCAUCAGCAUCCUCCUCGUCUCCUUCAUCGUCACGAUUGUACCCGUUGGUUACUCCAUUGCUGAGAUCAAACCCUCGGUUGCUUGUGGUCCAUUUCGGGGCUUGACUACCAUCUGGAGCGAAAUGGUUGGCGUCAUAUCAGAAUCUCCAAAUUGGCUACAGGCUGUACUGUUCUUCAUAGGUACAGCAGGUUUUGCUGUACCAGCAAUUAUUAUACUCAUCCUGGCCUGGUAUUAUUACUAUGCUGUAGCUGCAGCAAACAAACACAUGGUAGGAUUACUGAAGAAUCAGUUGAUUUUGGAGGGUCACGACAAGCAGUUUCUCCUGGCACGACUGAACCACAUGAUCAAGAAAACGUCAGAGGAAGAGGAGACAGCCAGGUCUUCCAGCAAUGCAGAAGAUGAAACAGGCCACAGUAAUGACCAGACUCUGGAAGCUUAAGGUUGGCUCACAAUUAUAAAGCCAAAUUAUAAACUGUACAGAGUUAUUUUUGGCUUCUGUGAAGGAGGCUUCUUUAUUUAGCUGCUCUCUGCCAUUAACUCUUGACUCUUACUUGUUAUUGGGAGUCCUGACAGAAAUGCCAUUCAUUAUGCGUAAAGAGAAAUUAUAUACUCAGUUAUCAUAGGAAGCUUUCAUACAGUGCACUCCCUAUUAUCCAACAUGGUCAAACCAGAAUGUAUACACAGAGUAGCUAACCAGAUGGUCCACUGUAACAUCUGUGACAAUGUAUCAACCAAAUAUGACUACCAUACCACCUUCACUGAUACUAAUAGCGAACCAAUCACACGGCAAACCUAACAGUAAUAUAUUGACGUGAGUGAUAAAGCCAUGUGUAUUAAGAUUCUGAAAUCAUAUAUUGUACUGUACAUUGUUUUCACUCAAUCUAUCAUCACUCCUGAACAUGACACUCCUUAUGUAACUCAAGCUACCUAGAUAAUACAUUAUGUAUAUACGUACAGUAAUUUGUAUAGUAAGUACUGUAAGGUAAUACUGUACUGGACAUACAUUAUACAUAAAAGGGUUGUUAUCAUUUGAACUAGGAUAAAUGUUAAUAAUCUUGUGUUUAUGAUAUAUGGACAAAAUAGAUGGUUCGGAAUGUGGUUGUCAGUUAUUCAUUAUCUUCAAUUUUCCGCUUUGAAUAUUUUCAUUAAUUUAAGAUAAUUUUUCCGGACAACAGCCCGUCCCUUAUUGUAAACUACUGUAAAACUACAAUACUGUACCUGUAUAAGGUGUCUCAGGAAGAUUUAUAUACACUGCCUUACAGAUUUUGUGGAGGUCACAUGAAUGUUUGUAUUUCAACAAUAAGAGUGUCCUCAGGGAUACCUCGCUCAUCAACAAUGAGGACAACAUUACCUUUGCCAUACAAGUAUUCAUGCAAUCUCCACAAAAAUCUGUAAGGCAGUGCGUAUACAUUUUUCUGCGGUACAGUACCUUAUAUAUAGAGUAUCUGUAUAGGUAUGGAAAAAUGAACACUUUACCUUAAACACAAUUCCUCUGUAGAACCUCUAAUAGUUCAUCUGCUACCACCCAGCCAUCAGGUCCUGGGUGCUGGUCAGGGAGGCAGAGGAAAGAUGGCAGACACCGUGAUGAUAAUUAUCCUACUAGCCACCACAUGUCCCUCCUCCCUCAGUGUAUUAAUGGAAGUGCUGUGCAUAUGUUAUAGACACACAUCAGUGGAAUGGAGAACUACAGUUUAUAUGGAUUAAAAAUAUGAAAGACAAAAACAUUAUUCCACUACUUAGCACAGAGAUGUAAUUACCAUGAUAGAUAGACAGAUGUUUAGUAAAAUCAUCAUAAAAGUUUACAGUUGGUUCCACAUGUAUAUAGACAAUGUAGGUAUACAGUUCAAUAUACCUAUAGGCAGUACAGGUAUAUAAUUUUCAGUGUAGCUAGACAGUGUGGGUAUACAAACAGUGGUAAAGAGUAAGGAAAUACAACCAUAUUCCGACACACCACCUGACUGUUUCAAUAUUCACUUUGUAAUGUUCAGUACAGUAUUGAAGUAUUGUAUAUACAUUAUAAGUACUGUACAUAUUAUCUACUCUUUAUGAAGUUUGGCGAGCCUCAGCACCUUUACCCAUGACAGAACUUGAGCUUCAGGUGAAAGAAUUAAAAAAAAAAAAACACCGAUUCAGGAAAAUACUGAUGGCCUGAUAUUUUCUGGUGUGUGGACCCCGGGU